CUUGAGCAGGGAAGUCUGAGACGUGAUAUAAAGGCGAAAGUCCGAGCGCUGCGGUACACAGCAGCUGAGCCUCAAACACACAACCUGCAGAGUCCAGCAGCAGCAGGAGCCAUGAACACAGAGCCAAUUGUCUCCACUUUGAGAAUUGCCAGAUGUGAUCUGGAGUAUAAGAGGAACAACACCAAUCACCAUACUCAGCUGAAUGGAGUGAAUCGCCUGAUUGUGCGGAGAGGCUGGCCAUUUACUAUCACUCUGCACUGCGGUGAAAGCACCUUUCAGCUGGGGGUCACCACCCUGGGUUUCAUUGCUAAGACAGGGCCAUGCUCCUCAAAGGAAAAAGGAACUAAGGCUGUCUUCAAGUUGAGUGAAUCUAUUUCUGAAUUGCACUGGAGCACAGCUGUCUGCGACAUCAGUGGGGACAAAGUCUCUCUCUCCAUCUGCUCACCCCCUGAUGCCCCCAUUGGCCUCUACUCUCUGACUUUGAUCCAAGCUGGCAAGGUCGGUCUCGGAACCUUUGUGCUACUCUUCAACCCCUGGUGUCCAAAUGAUGCAGUGUACUUGGAGAGCGAAGAACAGCGAAAUGAAUAUGUUUUAUCUCAAGAUGGUCUGAUCUACAGGGGUACCCCAAAGUACAUCGUGGAAAAGCCAUGGAAGUUUGGUCAGUUUGAACCUGGGAUCCUUGACAUCUGCCUUAGAAUCCUGAAUGAAAACCGAAAAUACCUGAAGAACCCAGCUGAUGACUGCUCAGCUCGAAGGAGUGCUGUAUAUGUCACCAGGGUGCUGAGUGCUCUGAUCAACUGUAAUGACGACAAAGGUGUGCUUCAGGGAAGAUGGAGCAACAAUUAUUCAGGUGGCAAGGAGCCGGGAUACUGGUCUGACAGUGUAGAGAUACUGCAUUUGUGGAACAGCACCUCCUGUAUGAAGGUGUGCUAUGGCCAGUGCUGGGUCUUUGCUGCUGUGGCAUGCACGGUCUCCAGAGCUCUGGGAAUACCCUGUAGAGUUGUCACGAACUUUGAGUCUGCUCAUGAUACCAACAGCAACCUGAAAAUUGAGAAGUACUUUGAUGAAAAUGGACACUCUCUUGGUGGCAGUGAUUCAGUAUGGAACUUUCAUGUUUGGGUGGAGAGCUGGAUGAGUCGUCCAGAUCUGGAACCUGGUUACGAUGGCUGGCAGGCCAGUGACCCAACACCACAGGAGAGGAGUGAAGGAGUUUUUUGUUGCGGCCCUGUGCCCUUGAAAGCCAUCAAGGAGGGAGAGCUUACCAUAAAGUACGACGCUCCCUUCUUGUUCGCUGAGGUCAACGCCGAUGUGGUCAAUUAUGUGAAGCAUAAUAAUGGCAGUCAGUCCAUCAUUGGCACAUCGUCCACUACAGUGGGGCAGAAGAUCAGCACUAAGAGUGUGGGCAGCGAUGUGAGGGAGGAUAUCACACACCUCUAUAAGUACCCUGAAGGUUCAAAAGAAGAAAGACAGGUGUUCCAGAAGGCCAGCCACCACAAUAAGCUCCAGAAGAUAGGGGCAGAGCCACGGCUGCGUAUCAAGAUCAGUGUGUCCAAAGAUAUGAAGAGGGGCAAGGACUUUUAUGUGUUCACGGAUGUUGUCAAUAAGACCCCCGUCUCAAAGUUGUGCCAGCUCAAGUUUUAUGCCCAGGCUGUUUCCUAUAAUGGCAAGUUGAGAGACUCCAUUGAACAAAAAGAAACUAGCUUUGACAUUGCUCCAAAUGGUGAGAAGAGAACUUCCCUGAGGCUCAAAUACCACCAGUACUGUGAGUCCACAGCCCUGGAUAAUAUGAUCCUGCUGGUUGCCCUCAUCACUGACUGUAGCACCAAAGAAUACUUUGGAGCGACAAGAACCAUCGUCCUGGAGAACCCAGAGAUCCAAAUCAAAAUCCUGGAUGACCCCAAGGUGAACCAGCCGCUGACUGCUGAGAUCUCCAUGCAGAACCCUCUUCCUGAGACCCUUGAGAAUUGCUCCUUCAGUUUUGAGGGGACCAACCUGAUUGCUGGGAAAACCAUUCAAAGGAUUGGUUCUCUGCAGCCUGGAGAAGAUGCCAAGGUCACUGUGUGCUUCAUUCCCAACAGCCCUGGGAUGAGGAAGCUCCUGGUUGACUUCAGCAGUGACAAGUUGUGUAACAUUAAAGGCUUCAAGAAUAUCUUGGUUAGAUGUGAACAGAACGCAGCUGCAUGACCAGCUUCUAUAAUGCUUAAUAAGUGCUAUUAUAACAUGUAUCUUCUCUCUGUCAUCUGUCUUUUCAUGGCAAUUCUUUCAGUAAGUCUGCUAAAGUAUCCCAUUUUUAUGAAUCAUUAAGACAAAUUCAAAUUACUUCUUCAGUCAGUAUAUUUUUUAAUCUUUCUGUAGGUAAUUCUGUUUAACCCGAUGUAAAAUAAUCAUAUGUCAUAUAACAGUAUAUGCUGACUAACGUGUUUUGUUAUAAUGGCAGAUUGAAACAUCAAGGACUGAUUCUGCUGUGAGUACAGUGAGCUAGACUGACCUUAUGUAAUACACUAAUUGAUCACAAAGGGUUAUGUUAAGCAUGAUGACAAAUUAUACACUGUAAACCCUAUUUUGUC